AAAGGUCUUUCUUAUCAAGUGUCACUAGCUGUGUGCUAGUAAAACGGUCCAAAAAUGGCGGCGGAGUCAAACUUGUCCGCUGUUCUCUACGCAAAGGACGACCUGAGACUGGAACACCGUGAUAUCAAAUUACCUGGUGAAAACGAGGUUCAGAUAGCCAUGUGUUCCGUUGGGAUUUGCGGUUCGGAUGUGAAGUAUUGGACGCACGGGAAGUGUGGCCGGUUUGUGCUGGAGGAACCUAUGGUGAUGGGACACGAGUCCAGCGGCACUGUGGUGGCAGUGGGAGCAGGAGUCACGCACCUAGCGAAAGGAGAUCGUGUGGCCAUUGAGCCCGGCGUGCCCUGCAGGACCUGUAGAGUCUGCAAGGAGGGGCGGUAUAACCUGUGCGCCGACAUGGAGUUUUGUGCCACGCCGCCGGUACACGGGUCUCUGUGCAAACUGUACAACCACGCCGCCGAUUUCUGCUACAAACUCCCAGAUCACGUGAGUUUUGAGGAAGGCGCCAUGCUAGAGCCGCUGUCCGUGGCCGUGUACACCUGUCAGAGAGGGGAGGUGAAGGUGGGGAGUAAGGUGCUGAUUUUCGGUGCGGGUCCGAUCGGACUGCUCUGUCUGUUGGUCGCCAAGACUAGGGGUGCUAGCUCUGUCGCCAUCACGGACAUUGACGACUACCGAUUGGCCGUUGCUAAGGAGUACGGCGCAGACCACGUGAUCAAGGUCUCGACCAAUGACAGCCAAGCCCUGGCGCAGACGAUAGCGGCUGAGAUGAGAGGACAGCCUGACGUGUCUCUGGAGUGUAGCGGCGUGGACAGCAGUUUCGUCACUGCGAUACAUGCUACCAGGUCCGGUGGCGUUGUGGUUUUGGUCGGCCGCGGGUCCCUGAACGUGGACGUACCGAUCGUGAACGCUGCAGUACGGGAGGUGGACAUCAGGGGCGUCUUCAGAUACUGUAACAAUUACCCACAAGCCCUGGCGAUGGUAGCCAGUGGACAGGUCGACGCGAAGAGGCUCAUCACCCAUAACUUCUCAUUGGAGGAGAGCCUGAAGGCGUUCCAAACAGCCAACUCACGCGAGUCAAGGGCCAUUAAAGUCAUGAUAAAUUGUUCAACAUAAGAACUGAGCUUGUUCGUUGACUUGGGGUGGGUACCCGUACAGAAAAUUUAGGUACGUAACGGGUACGGUCCAGGUUUUGACCUAAUUGUCAGUGAAAACUUGUGAAUGGGCGAUACUCAAAACAAGGGGCCAAUUUUCUACAAAAAAGAAUCUGUUCUAACUUCAAGUAAACAACACUAAUAUCUGUGUUAAUUAAAAACCCAAGUUUGACUGAAGAACCUUAGCGACUACUAGUAUCAACUCUCCCCUAUUUUGCUCCUCUACUUUUCUUAUAGUAAAUCAAAGGUUUGUAUAAUAAAUCAAAGGUAACAUUCCAUCAAA